GUUAUAUUGUCACCCAUUUCAAGCCCAGAUCACUUAAAUCCGACAUCCGAGUUUAGCCUCGGAAUUCCGAGCUACGUUCAAGUCUUCAUACAGAUUGACGUAUUAUGAUUUACCGUCCCUAAUGUCUAGGUUUGACCUAACUGGAGGGCUGGCCAAUUUUCGCACCAUACCAUCUUACCGUGAAUCUAACUCUAGAACAAUGGCCGAAGCUCAAACCAGCAACGCGCGUCAGCCUUCCGAGGAUGAUGAGCACGAACAUGACCAUGAGCAAGAUGAGCAUCAGCAAGGUCCCGCCAGGAAGCGUCAAAGAGUGAGGCUCUCAUGUCUCGAGUGUCGCCGCCGGAAGCUUUCAUGCUCAAGGGAGUUACCUUGUGAUCGUUGUAUCAAAUCCGGGACACCUGAGAGGUGUACUUAUGAGUCAAGACCCGGCACGACAGCAGCUUCCGUAGCUUCCGUAGGUGAUAAGGCUUCCUUUACGCCUGUUGGCCCCCCCGCAUCAUUUAGUUCUGAAGCUCGUCGCCACUCCGCGAACCCCCCAUCGGCACGUCGUGAGGUCGAGCCAUCAGCACUUAAAGAUGCUGCUCGAGAUCAUGACAGGAUUCGGCGGUUGGAGCUCGAAGUCGCCCAAUUAAGAAGUGUCCUAUCAAAGCAAGCAUCAGUUGAUGGCAACACUAUGGUAGCCUCGCCGUCCACCUUCAAGGACCCUGUUAAAGACGGCCAAUCUGCCCCCUCCAAUCCCAUGUGUACCCCGCGAAAUACCGAGGUGUUUGAAUACGCGAAUUUACGGGGACACGAUUUUAAACCCAAAUAUUUUGGUCCGCACAACGCCUGGUCUUCUCUCCAGGAACUUACCGGUAUAUUCCAUUUCAUGAGAGAGACGGCCGAGGAAUGGCUUAAGCCUCUCAAUAUUCAAAGGAAAGAUCGUGGGAAGCGGAAGCAGGACAGGGACAAGAAAUUUACCGAGCCUGAUCUUGGUCUAGAGUCACUGCUCCCUUCCAAGGAAGAAACAGAUUCCCUUGUCGCCGUAUAUCUCGAUCAAUUUGAGCAGCUCUACCGCAUCAUCCACGUGCCUACUUUCAAAGCCGAGUAUGAGACAUUCUGGGAUCCAUCUAAGACAAACACUGCCUCCUUCACUGCACUCGUUCUGUCCAUGAUCUCCGUUUCCUGCUGUCUGGACAUGCAAGCAUCCAACAAGUUUGUAGGUAUCAAAUCCAGCUCAAUCCAGAUGGCCGAGAAAUGGAUCAAGGCAUGUGAUGAGUGGUAUUGGCGACAAAGUCAAAAACACCGCAAACUCGUCCAUUACCAAAUCGCAUGUUUCCUUUAUCUCGCUAAGCGAGUAAACCUCGUCAAGAAGAAGCGACUCUGGACCACAUCUGGCGCAAUGAUCCGCGAUAGUCUCAUGGUAGGACUUCAUCAAGACCCUGAUCGUGUGGUUGGGAAAGUAUCGCCCUAUAUCGCGGAGAUGCGACGAAGAAUAUGGGCUACUAUAGUUGAAUUUGAGGUCCAGUCAUCAUUUGACCAAGGUUUGCCGACACUUUUAAGUACGGUUCAUAACGAUGCCGAUGCCCCUAAAAAUAUAGACGAUGACAGCUUCGACGAAAAUUCACAAGAACUGCCUAUUUCCCGUCCAGCUAACGUUUACACAUCUACAUCGUACCUACAUUUGAGUCGCCAGAGUCUUGCCCUUCGGACCGAGUUGAACAAGGUAUUGACUGGUCCACCGGCAGAGCUUGAAUGGGAGCAGGUCCUUCAAUAUAGUGACAUGAUUACUAACGAGAUAGAUCGACUACCUUCGUGGGAUGUGGACAGCGAGAAGGUCGUAGGGGGCUCUCAAAAACCAAUCUUAGCGCACACUUUACUACAUCUCCAACUUAGGCAGUAUCUUAUCCCCUUACAUCAGCCGUACCUAAAGCUCAGGAAGUUCAACUCAAAGUACCAGGUGGCAGAGUUCAUCUAUUAUACCGCAGCUCGGGAUAUUGUUUUGAUGCACGAUCAGCUCUACCAGAAGGGAAUUAGGACUCUUUAUUUCCUCCGAGAGGAUACGAUGAAUUCGGUUAUCAAUCUUUGCAAUGUAACCUUGCAUCAGCCAAAAGACUCUUCCAGCCUAAUUAUGCAUAAUGCACAAGAGACUCUCCGGCUCAUUGAGAGGUGCAUUGCUAUGAAAGAAGAUCGCGUUCUCAGAUGCGGCAAUAAUGACCCGUGGGGAUACUCGUCGAUGUGCGCUGCUUAUGGCCUUUUGGAAACGCACAUGGGCAUCAAAACAUCGGACGCAGCUAAGGCGUCUGCUGCUGAACGAUUCAUUAGUCUACAUUACAAACUUCUUGCAUUUCAAAUUCCGCCCUAUUCCUCCCAACAAUCGCAACCUCCUGAGACUUCCUCACAAGCAGCUCCGGACCCGAUCAACCGAGCGAAGUCUGUUACGCCAUUUUCUAUGGAUGCGACACCUCCUAUUCAGAUGGCGACCACGCCAUAUCAGCAGCGGGAUAGCCUACCGCUCUCAAUGCCAUGGCUGCUGCCUUCAACUUCGGAUUCAAGUACACUCCCUGUGCCAAAUCCCGAUUUCAAUUUUGAAAUGCUCGGCUCCGACCUAAAUGACCUAUGGGGGGAUUGGGGAGGCCCUAAUGACUUAAUAUAAGAUGUCUUGAGGAUCUGGUUUUUUCAUAGCGGCGUUUUUCACGUAUCAGGUGCCACAGGCGUCACACCGUAUGCUUGUCUGAUGCUUAUAUUUUUCUAUGAAGGGCCGAGAAAAACAAAAUAGUUCAUGAUACCCCGUUAUCCGGCAUGAUUUCAUACCGAGCAAGAAGCUUUGCGUUGUAAGCAAAAGAGGUUAAGUAGGUACCUUAGGUAGGUAUGCUGGU